CGACGCUUUCCGCCUUAGGUGUCUCUUUGGCCGCCGCGGGAUCUCCGUCGCCGCGCUGCCUUAACCCCGUUCCUCUUCCUUCUCUGUCUGUCUAUCUAUCCUGUACUAUCCUACCCUCCUGGUCCUGAGGUGCUGGGAUUUAAUUGUCGAGCGUCAAUCCUUUCAGUAAUAACAGUUAUCAUCGUUCUAUCUAUCCACCUAUCUACCUGCGCCCUCUCAUCCGGGAAACCUCAUCGCAGGAAAGAGUCCGAUUUGAAUUCACGAAUAACACCAUUUCCCUCUCUCCCUCCCACAUCAUCCAAAAUGAUCUCCGACGACGAUCUCCACCGUCUCGCCGUCUUCCUCGGCUCCUGCGCCAUGAUGAUGAUCGUCCUGUACCAUUUCCUCGAAGUCAACUCCAAAGACGACAGCCUCCCUGCGGGCUCUGGCAAAAGCAAGAAGACUGCGACUGCGACUGCCUCGUCGACAGACGGCGGCGUGUCGAGCGGGAAGGAGAAAUAAAUCAAAGCACAUACAUACUUCAUACUUGUGAUGGGGUUGCGGGCGUGAUGAAGAACAAGAUACCUGGCAUUGAUGUGGAUGGAUACCCCCUGCUUUUAUAAUUCGGAUUGUUGGAGGGGUUGCGAGUGAUUACCGACUGGUUGGUUGGUUGGUGUAUGUAUGAUAUUGGGAUGAGAAAUUCCAUUAUUUUUCAUUAACCACGGGCUAGUGAGUGGCCAAGAAAGCUGUGUGUGGCUUGAAAAGUGUAGUAAAGUACAUGAUGGGAACGAAAAUGCAAAGAUGGAAAG